CGACUUCCCCUCUAUGUUGUCACAGAUUGUCACCGCGGCAAAGGGCAUCUUAUUUCCUGAACAAAAUUCAUAUGGUAACUCGACUACUGCCACUACUGAACCGAACGAGACCCUCCCUGCAACGAAAUCGAAAAUGGUUACCACUCGCCGAUCAGCAGCAUUUCAGGCCGUCUCGCCGACAGAAGAUGCUGAAAUGAAUGGAUCGCCUGAGUUGAGUGGGAAGCGCAAAUCUGAUAAUUCCACGCUUGCCAGAAGCCCAGAAACUCAAGGUAACAAACGCAGGAAGAGGAGCAGUGUAGAAACAACUGAGGAUAUGGUGAAGGAGACGAAUGAAGAUAUCGGGCAGGAAGCAGCGCCGAAGAAACACUUUCGAUUCGACAGCGAAGAACCUGUAUUGCCUGACGUGGCGGAGUCAGAGGUCCCGGUCGAUGCGCAGCAGAAGCAGCUUGACGAGGAGGAUAGUAGCGAGGAUGAAGCCCCAGAAACUGUGGACAACUCUACUCAACUAAACAAAAUAAAGCUUGAAGCUAAGAAACGUGAUGAAGCGCGGAAAAUCGAGGAACAAGCAAAACGAGAGAAAAGGCGGCAAUUGGACGAAGCGCGCAAACAACAAGCUAAAGCCUCAGCUAAACGAAAAGAAGUCCAUACGUCUCAGGUCAUGCCAGGAGCUGGGACCCCUGCAGAAGAUAUGCUAUCUGAGAGCUCAGCAACGCUGCAAGGCUCAUUCACUCAGGACACUCGGCGCUCGACGCUUCCCGCCCUUCUCCCCGACGACAUUCUAAACGCUGUGCCUGACGUCCGACCGCCGACACCUCCACCCGAAUUCGAGGUUUUCUCGCAGAAAAAACCAACCAAGCUCAGGUUCUUGGAGAAGAAGGAGAAGGCACCAAAAGACGUGCGAAUGGGUGAUGUCGCCAUUCGUGUGUUGGAUAGUGAGAGUUCGCGGAAGCAGCCGAACACAGCACUCGCGCCGAAAGCGUCAAAGGCGAGUCGAGGUGCGAGAGAAGCCUGGUUGAAACAGGCCCGCAGUACUGGGCAUGUUAAUGGGAUGAGGAUGGUCAGUAGCGGCAAGAGGAGUUUCGUGCGCAAGUAAUUCUUUACCGUACUUGGCUACGGAGUACUAUUCCAUUGCAUUGGGUAUUUCAACUUUCGGAUUGGGGAUUAUUGGGAUUUGCAUGUCGUAAUUGUUGGGCGUUUUGAAGCUCUGGUAAAUGCGAUGAUCAUAACGGCAAUCUGUAUGUAAAGACCGGG